UAUAUAUUAAAGGCCUACUGAAACCCACUACUACGACCACGUAGUCUGAUAGUUUAUAUAUCAAUGAUGAAAUCUUAACAUUGCAACACUUGCCAAUACGGCCGGGUUAACUUAUAAAGUGUAAUUUGAAAUUUCCCGCCACACCUUCCGGUCGAAAAAAAUCCUUUGGUAUGACGUAUGCGUGUGACGUCACAAGAGCUACGGAAGAGGUUGGACCCUCUCGGACCCGACAUAAAAACCUCUGUUUUCUUCGACAAAAUUCCACAAAAUUCCACAGUAUUCUGGACAUCUGUUGGUGAAUAUUUUGCAAUUUGUUCAAUUAACAAUGGAGACUACAAAAAAGAAAACUGUAAGUGGAAAGCGGUGUGUUGCUGUGGGAUGUAGCAACACAAAGACAAACACAACUGGUGUUGCAUUGUUUUUAUUCCCAAAAGAUGGCGGCCAAGCUUUACUAUGGAACAAAGAAGUCAAGCGAACACGGUUGGAUUGGACCACACACACAAAGUACAGUGUAUUAUGCAGCGAACAUUUCGAAUAAUCAUGUUUCGAAGAGGGUCCCUUGCAAAGGGCAGCGAUGGGCAUCGCCACCACCCGUCGACUUGUGCUGAAGAAAGGUGCGAAGCCAACUAUUUUCAACAGACCACGGCCAUGCUUAAGUGCAAGUUCGACAAGUCCAGAGCACCCCACACCCUCCACAAGUGGACAGACUGUGCACAUGAGGUCUGCAUUUGCCAAAAGGGAAAGGAAGAGGACAAUAGAUCAGAUCAUGGCCAGUACGACUACGGCAUCAGUGGCGGAUGCGGUGGAUGAACCAAUGGCAAUGGCACUAGAUUUGCCUGAUGAGGAGGGCGAUCAAGAUCAGGGAAAUACAAGAGAACAAGGAUGCCAGACGGACUGGGUACCGAUUGGGAGAGCACCAACAGCAUUGACCAGUAGCAAGAGCACCCAAACAGGGAAAAUACAUCAUAGAUCAAAGGGACACCAGGUGACCCCAGAGAUCCUCGAGAGGGUUAGAGCUCGGCUGGCCAGGGUUAGUGAAGUCCCAUCGUCAAGUGUAGCAGCUCCAUCUGACAGCCCCGAGAUGCAGACUAACACAGCAACUCCAGGUGCUCCUGCAUUGUUUGAUGUAGGACCAGCAUCAAGUCCCACUGCGCCUUUUGUUAGUGGUUCUUCCGAUGACAGCUAUGUGCCGAGUGAGUCAUCGAUCCGUGUCAAUCUGACGGGUCGCCAGAUCGCCCACAUACUCACCAGAUGCGUGAAGAGAGCUGCCACAAGGAACCGAAGUACAUCAUCUUUGAGUCGUGCCUCCAGAGUCUCGUCAAGUGGUGUCACUGUCCAGUCUGUGGCAGCCAGGACAUAAGCCCUUCUUGGGAUUCAAACGGUACACAGCUGACCAUGACUCUUCAAUGUGAAUCAUGUGACCAGAGGAGUAGUUGGAGCAGCCAGCCAAACAUUGGCCCUUAUGCCGCGGGCAACAUCCUGCUGUCUGCUGGCAUCCUCUUCGCUGGCGCAUCUUCUGGCAAGGAGCUCAUCCUGCAGCCAGCCAUCAAAAAGGUGUGGGAGGAACAGCAACGGACGCACCUCACCAUGCUGCAGGUGGAAGGCCGACCCCUCGUCCUUGGUGGUGAUGGGCGAGCAGACAGUCAAGUUUGGUACCUACACCACAAUGGAGCUUGUGGCCAAUGUGGUUCUCGACCUUCAGGUUGUACAGAGCAACGAAUGUCUUGGCAGCUACCAUAUGGAGAUGGAAGGACUGAAGAGGAUGGUGGAACUGCUGAUCAGCUGGGACCUGGAUGUCGGGGUGCUGGUGACAGACAGACACAGACAGAUCGCUAAAUGGAUUCGUGAAAACAUGCCCAAUACACGGCACUGCUAUGACAUCUGGCAUGUUGCAAAAUCCAUCGGAAAGAAACUGAAGGCCAUCUACAAGCAUAAGGACUGUGAAGACCUGAAGCCCUGGGUGCAAAGUAUAAUCAACCACCUCUACUGGGCAGCAGUGUCUACACCGCCUGGAGAGGGGGAACUUCUGGUUGCCAAGUGGAAGUCUGUGGAGCGACACAUUCAGAACAUCCACAAGGACCAUGGCGACCUCUUCCCAAUUUGUACUCAUGGACAACUGCAACGGCAAAAGAAAUGGCUCAAACAAAGUUCACGCUCAGCAGUGAAACUGGAGGAGGUGGUCAACAACAAGUCCCUGCUGAAAGAUAUCGCCAUGCUGUCGGGUGAACACCAGACUUCCAAGGUGGAGGCGUUCCAUAGCCUUAUCAUACAGUUCACACCGAAAAUGUAUGUCUUCUCAUACAUCGGAAUGCUGUGCAAGAACCUGCUUGCUGGGCUGCACUGGAACGAAAAUUCGAGCCGCCCUAUAGCCACUACACAAGCGGGUGCUGAGCGCUAUGCAGUACGCUACCCGAAGUAUAAAGCAGGGGGCCAUGUGGUCAAGAAAAUCGCGACAGAGCCAACAUACCGCUACGUAGAUGACUUGAUCAGGGAGGUUGUUGCUGGCUGCAGACAGACCCCUGACGAGAGAACACCACUCAGCGUCACUGUGGAUGUGCCUCCCUUCCUCUGCGAUGAACUGGAGAAGCCAGACAAGGAGGAAGCCAUCGCCAAGCACAGGAGUCGCUUCGGUAAGUGUUAACUGCCCUCCCGGUAACAGUUAGAGAUGCUACCUCAGUAGAAGCAUUUAAGUCCCAUCUUAAAACUCAUUUGUAUACUCUAGCCUUUAAAUAGACCCCCAUUUUUAGACCAGUUGAUCUGCCGUUUCUUUUCUUUUCUCCUCUAUAGCCCCCCACCCCACACCCUCUCCCCUUGUGGAGGGGUUAUUCUGGUGACCAUGGAUGAAGUGCUGGCUGUCCAGAGUUGGGACCCGGGUUGGACCGCUCGCCUGUGCAUCGGUUGGGGACAUCUCUGCGCUGCUGACCCGUCUCCGCUCGGGAUGGUCUCCUGCUUGCCCCACUAUGGACUGGACUCUUACUAUUAUGUUAGAUCCACUAAGGACUGGACUUUCACAAUAUUAUGUCAGACCCACUCGACAUCCAUUGCUUUCGGUCUCCCCUAGAGGGGGGGGGGUUACCCACAUAUGCGGUCCUCUCCAAGGUUUCUCAUAGUCAUUCACAUUGACGUCCCACUGGGGUGAGUUUUUCCUUGCCCUUAUGUGGGCUCUGUACCGAGGAUGUCGUUGUGGCUUGUGCAGCCCUUUGAGACAUUUGUGAUUUAGGGCUAUAUAAAUAAACAUUGAUUGAUUGAUUGAUUGAUUUCUUUUAUUGAUUAAGUACAGUGGCCAUGUGGAUUGUGUUGCAGUCACUGCACGUCUUGGAACCCCGUGUAGUCCAUCGAUGGGAAUGUUGUCCUAAUCUUAUGUACUACACAAGCUGGUAGUACCACCCUUAUGUCCUUUCCCAGAUAUCCCCGGCAGAAGCGGACAAACUGUCGAUAGGCUGUGUGUCGUCUCCGCCUGCAAGUACAAAAUAGUUGUUAGCAAAUGAUGGCAGCUGUUAUUAUCCGGACAUGGAUACACAGUGACUCACUGUUCUCUGAGAUGCAAAAGACAUUGUCAUGCAUUCUAUUCAUUUGUCAUUUACUGUUGCAGUAAAUUGUAAAUAUUGUUGACAUCUACGGUUUUAUGUAUGUAAUACUUCUAUGAUAUAUAAUGUCAUGUACAUU